CAGUAGUGUAGACGUCAUCAGCCAAGUGCCGAAGCUGGUGGCGUGGGUUUUCUUGACAUAUUUUCAGUCUUGACCGUUUUCUGUAUUUUUCUGAAUCAAAAUGACGGUAUGUCGUGGCUAUUUACUCCACUUUUGCAUGUAUGAUGUUUUUCAGGUUUAAUGCGAGUCAUAUUAUGCAUAGCUAGCCAACUACUUUGUUAGCUAGCACUUAGCUGCAUUAGCAUUAGCUAACUUGAACUCGCUUGCUAGCUAGAAGCUACUUAGAAAAGACGACACUAGUCAGCGGCAGGAGAGCUACGUCUGGCUAUCUAGUUAACCUCUUCUAUGGUUGAAUUCAUCAUGUGCGGCUGAUACGUCGAAUGCUGACGCCUAUUUGAUGUUGUUUGAUAAUAAUAAUACAUGUACAUUUAAAUUAUACAUUACAUUGAUUUUAGGAGCGAAAGGGAACAGCAAAGUUGGACUUCCUCAGAAAGAUAGAGGAGGAAAUCCAGCAGAAAUGGGAGAAGGAAAGCACAUUUGAUUGUGAUGCACCCACCACUAUUGGGGAAAGCACAAAGUAAGUCUACUGGGACUGUUAUUGUUAUGAUCAUCAACCCUCUAUUUUAGUUUUCAUGCCCACUUUUCCCAACCUAGUUCUAAUGUACCACCCUCUCGUUUGUAGCAAAAACAAGUACUUUGUCAACUUCCCCUACCCUUACAUGAAUGGAAGGCUGCAUCUUGGUCAUACUUUCUGCCUUUCGAAGUGCGAGGUAAGAUUUAUAUAGAUUUGACUUAUAGUACUAAAUGUAAGUCUUCAAGAUCCUCUGUGAAAGAUUCAUUUUAAACUUUGCUCACAUGUCUGUGUUUAUUUCUUUGUAGUUUGCUGUUGGUUUCCAGCGCUUGAAAGGGAAGCAAUGCCUAUUUCCAUUUGGGUUCCAUUGUACAGGAAUGCCAAUCAAAGUGAGUUACUCUUAAUCCCUUGCUUGCUGUGUACAUCAUAUAUGGUCAUGGUUGGCAAUUAUUAAAGAGAAAAGAGAAACAGAAAAAUGUAUCUUAAUCCACAGGCCUGUGCAGACAAGCUGAAGAGAGAGAUGGAGGUUUACGGCAACCCACCACAGUUUCCGGAUGAGGAGGAGGAGGAAGAAGAAAAGCCCAAGUUUGCAGAUGAGUUCAUCAUCAAGGACAAAGCUAAGGGCAAAAAGGUGAACUUUUGAUGCAAAUUUCAAUUGAUCCUCUGCACUACUCAUGUACUUGGGGGAAAUUGUUCCCAUUCAUUCAGCAUGUAAUCUCAUUGUAAUCCCUUGUGUGUGCUCAUCAGAGCAAAGCAGUGGCAAAGGCUGGAGGGUCAAAGUUCCAGUGGGAAAUUAUGAAGUCUCUGGGGUUGAGUGACAUGGAGAUAGUGCCAUUUGCCAAUGUGGAGCACUGGCUGGAGUACUUCCCACCCCUGGCUGUGAAAGACCUGAAGAUGAUGGGUGUAAAGGUGAGUGAUAAUGACAAGAAACCAGUAAACUGAGCUUGUUUCUUUUAUACUGUACCAGGAAUCCUGAUGUUAAAGGGUAGGUAGCAAAAACAUAACAUAUGGAUUUGUAUUAGUAUAUGCAUUUAAAAGUCAGAAUGCAAAGUUACACCUCACUUUUCUAUUUUUCAAGUUAUUACAUAAAACCGAUCAAAAUGCCAAUGUCAUGCCGGGAAAUGUUUUUGCGUGGUGUGAUUAAUAUGGAGGGCGCGGCAAGCCAGCCUAUUCCCUAUACUGUAAACUCCAACAGAAAUAACUUAAUGUAUAACUUCAAAUUACACCAAAUAGUUUGCACUCAUUACUACUGGUUUCAAUAAAAUGUUCAGACAAUUUACAAGCAAAUAGUUUAUGAAUUCAUUGUUACAAAUUAGCUUGCAAGGUUGCUAGCCAACUUGCCUGCUAACGUUAGCCCUAUUAGCCUGCUAACGUUAGCCCUACCAGCCAGUUGAGUCAGCCAGUUGCUAUCAACACCUAGCUUACAAAUACAUUAAAGUAAAGCACAUUUUUGGAAAUGCAUAACGGCAUCUAACCAGUUAUCAAAUAAUGUUACCGGUAUAUGCAGUUGCCUUAACCAUCGCGAUUGACCGGUAGUGACCACUGCUCUAGAAAGUUGAGUUCAGUCUCGUGCUUCUUUUUGUGGGCUAAUAUUUCUUCUGCUCGGCAGGCGGCAGUCUCGGGCUACUGCGCGCCUGCGCACAGCUUAGAGGGAACAUUGAUCUUGACUACAACUAAGUUACAAAGUCUUUGACCACACUGUGUUACUUUCUACACUUUAACUAAUAGACAUACAUUUGUUUGAUAACUGAAUCCUAACUUGAGAUCUCUGUUUGUAACGAAUUUUCCUGCAAAUCUCCCAUUGACAUCAAUGUAUGAUGAUUUGAAAGUUAAAUGUGUGUGUCACAAGUUAAGAUUCAGACCUAAAUGUACAGAUCAACAACCAUGCAUCAGUUCACUUUGGAAAAGUAUUUCAGGUGCUGUCCAGGUUCUUAAGCAUAAUUCUAUUACAGGUGGACUGGCGACGCUCCUUCAUCACAACCGAUGUCAACCCUUUCUACGACUCCUUCGUGAAGUGGCAGUUCAUCACCCUGAAAGAGAGGAAGAAAAUCAAGUUUGGUAAAAGGUAUGUUUAGAAGUUGGAAAGGGUUAUUAUAACCAUGUAAUGCAUAAGCCUUGUAGCAUUAUUACAUUCUGUUACCUUUUGCAGGUAUACCAUCUACUCUCCAAAAGAUGGACAGCCAUGUAUGGACCAUGACAGGCAGACUGGAGAGGUAAGAUUUUCUGGCCACUACAUGACAUUUUAUUCAUGCUUCGGAAACAACAGGUAACAAUGGAAUGCUUACUUACUUACUUCACAACAAUGCAGAGAGAAAGAAUAUUGAGAAAUAAUAGAAAAGCAUACUAUAUACACGGGGUACCCGUACCGAGUCGAUGUGCAGGGGUACGAGGUAAUUGAGGUAGAUAUGUACAUAUAACUAGGAAUAAAGUGACAGAUAAUAAACAGUAGCAGCAGCGUAUGUGAUGAGUCAAAAAUGUAGUGCAAAAAGGAACAGUGCAGGUAGUCCGGGUAGCUAUUUGGUUAAUUAUUUAACUAACGAUUUAGUAGUCUUAUGGCUCGGAGGUAGAAGCUGUUCAGGGUCCUGUUGGUUCUAGACUUGGUGCAUCGGUACCACUUGACGUGCUGUAGCAGAGGGAACCGUCAAUGACUUGGGUGGUUGGGAGUUAGACCAUUUUUAGGGACUUCCUCUGACACUGCCUGUAAUAGAUGUCCUGGAUGGCAGGGACAUAAUCUCAAUGAGGUGUGUCCCUCUGUUGUGUGACUGCAGCUCUGUAAUAAAGUCUUUACAUUCUAGGGAGUUGGACCACAGGAGUAUACCCUCAUCAAGAUGAAGGUUGUAGAGCCCUACCCUGCAAAACUAAGGUACUGUAUGUAGCAGACUAGACACACUGUAUUUUUAGCAUGACCUACAUUGUCAUUGAUAUUAUAUACAAUCAACUUUGUUACAUUUUAGACAUAGCAGUUUGUCCUCAUAGCAGGUAACAUUUGUUGCUACUUGGGGAAAGACCUUCCACCUUCUGCAAAUACUCUUCUGAAAACUGUUCCCCUGUUACCCUCAGUGGUCUUAAAGGCAAGAACAUCUUCUUGGUGGCAGCUACUCUCAGACCAGAGACCAUGUUUGGCCAGACUAACUGCUGGGUCCAUCCUGACAUCAAGUACAUAGCCUUUGAGAUGGCCAGUGGAGACGUGUUCAUUAGCACAAGGAGGUCGGCUAGGAACAUGUCUUACCAAGGCUUCACCAAGGAGAACGGCAAGGUUACAGUGAUCAUGGAUGUUCUGGGAAAGGUGUGCACAUUUAAAUUACAUCCUUAUGUGUAAGUGUCUGCACACACACACUUACGCCGCAAUCAUGUAACUUAUAUAGCCUGAGUACCCUCUGACACACACACACAGUGCACACCUUAUGAGUUUGACCACACACACUCAUAGUGGUAAAUGUAUUUUUACCUUCUCUGUAGGAUAUUCUUGGAUGUGCUCUUAGUGCCCCGCUAACGUCUUACCGGACCAUCUAUGCUCUGCCCAUGCUUACCAUCAAGGAGGACAAAGGUAUUUGAAUAAAGUCUUGAGAAUGCUCCAAAUACAGCUUUUUAACUACAUCCAUCCUGUCUCUGCUCCAGUAGAUUGAGACAGGCCUUGAGGCAUUCCUCCUCCUUUUGAAGAACUAAAGUGAGGGAGCCAUAAGUAAUUGUAGAGCACAGUAAACAUUGCUGAAAUGGAGUACAACGAUGACGGUUACUUUUAGUAUUUUUCUUUUUUAUUAGGCUGUAGAUCAGCUUUAAUAUUGCAGAUUGUGGCUUCCAUCAAUGUAAUUACCUGCAUCAUUUCCUUUUUGUGUGUGUGUAUGUAUAUAUAUAUAUAUAUAUAUAUAUAUAUAUAUAUAUAUAUAUAUAUACACACAUACAUACAUACAUACAUACAUACAUACAUACAUACAGUUGAAGUCGGAAGUUUACAUAUACUUAGGUUGGAGUCAUUAAAACUUGUUUUUCAACCACUCCACAAAUCUCCUGUUAACAAACUAUAGUUUUGGCAAGUCGGUUAGGACAUCUACUUUGUGCAUGACACAAGUAAUUUUUUCAACAAUUGUUUACAGACAGAUUAUUUCACUUAUAAUUCACUGUAUCACAAUUCCAGUGGGUUAGAAGUUUACAUACACUAAGUUGACUGUGCCUUUAAACAGCUUGGAAAAUUCUAGAAAAUGAUGUAAUGGCUUUAGAAGCUUCUGAUAGGCUAAUUGACAUCAUUUGAGUCAAUUGGAGGUGUACCUGUGGAUGUAUUUCAAGGCCUACCUUCAAGCGCAGUGCCUCUUUGCUUGAAUUAUGGGAAAAUCAAAAUAAAUCAGCCAAGACCUCAGAAUAAAAAUUGUAGACCUUCACAAGUCUGGUUCAUCCUUGGGAGCAAUUUCCAAACGCCUGAAGGUACCACGUUCAUCUGUACAAACAAUAGUACGCAAGUAUAAACACCAUGGGACCACGCAGCCGUCAUACCGCUCAGGAAGGAGACCCGUUCUGUCUCCUAGAGAUGAACGUACUUUGGUGCAAAAAGUGCAAAUCAAUCCUAGAACAACAGCAAAGGACCUUGUGAAGAUGCUGGAGGAAACCGGUACAAAAGUGUCUAUAUCCACAGUAAAACGAGUCCUAUAUCGACAUAACCUGAAAUGCCGCUCAGCAAGGAAUAAGCCACUGCUCCAAAACCGCCAUAAAAAAGCCAGACUACGGUUUGCAACUGCACAUGUGGACAAAGAUUGUACUUUUUGGAGAAAUGUCCUCUGGUCUGAUGAAACAAAAAUAGAACUGUUUGGCCAUAAUGACCAUCGUUAUGUUUGGAGGAAAAAGGGGGUCGCUUGCAAGCCGAAGAACACCAUCCCAACCUUGAUGCACGGGGGUGGCAGCAUCAUGCUGUGGGGGUACUUUGCUGCAGGAGGGACUGGUGCGCUUCACAAAAUAGAUGGCAUCAUGAGGAAGGAAAUGAUGUGGAUAUAUUGAAGCAACAUCUCAAGACAUCGGUCAGGAAGUUAAAGCUUGGUCGCAAAUGGGUCUUCCAAAUGGACAAUGACCCCAAGCAUACUUCCAAAAUUGUGGCAAAAUGGCUUAAGGACAACAAAGUCAAGGUAUUGGAGUGGCCAUCACAAAGCCCUAACCUCAAUCCAAUAGAACAUUUUGUGGGCAGAACUGAAAAAGCGUGUGCGAGCAAGGAGGCCUACAAACCUGACUCAGUUACACCAGCUCUGUCAGGAGGAAUGGGCCAAAAUUGACCCAACUUAUUGUGGGAAGCUUGUGGAAGGCUACCCGUAACGUUUGACCCAAGUUAAACAAUUUAAAGGCAAUGCUACCAAAUACUAAUUGAGUGUAUGUAAACUUCUGAUCCACUGGGAAUGUGAUGAAAUAAAUAAAAGCUGAAAGAAAUAAUUAUCUUUACUAUUAUUCUGACAUUUCACAUUCUUAAAAUAAAGUGGUGAUCCUAACUGGUCCUCUGUAGCUCAGCUGGUAGAGCACGGCGCUUGUAACGCCAAGGUAGUGGGUUCGAUCCCCGGGACCACCCAUACACAAAAAAAAAAAAAAAUGUAUGCACACAUGACUUUAAGUCGCUUUGGAUAAAAGCGUCUGCUAAAUGGCAUAUUAUAUUAUUAUAAGACAGGGAAUUUUUACUAGGAUUAAAUGUCAGGAAUUGUGAAAAACAGUUUUUUUUUUUGGCUAAUGUUUAUGUAAAUUUCCAACUUCAACUGUGUGUGUGUGUGUGUGUGUGUAUAUAUAUAUAUAUAUAUAUAUAUAUAUAUAUAUAUAUAUAUAUAUAUAUAUAUAUAUAUAUAUAUAUAUAUAUUUUUUUUUUUAUAUUUUUUUAUAUAUCUUCCUUUAUUAUUUUCCCCUAACCCUACCACUCCUCCCCUAAUUGAAGUAAACUAAUGGACAACAACACUUUGGCUUCUACUUCCAGCUUAUACAUUCUACAGUGCAUUCGGGAAGUAUUCAGACCCUUUGACCUUUUCCACAUUUUGUUACGUUACAGCCUUAUUCUAAAAUUGAUUAAAUUGUAUUCUUCUCUCAUCAAUCUACACACAAUACCCCAUAACGACAAAGCAAAAACAGGUUUAGACAUUUUUGCAAAUUGAUAAAAGAAACAUCACAUUUACAUAAGUAUUCAGACCCUUUACUUAGUACUUUGUGGAAGCACCUUUGGCAGCGAAUCUUCUUAGGUAUGACGCUACAAGCUUGGUGAUUUUCUCCGGUAUCAAGUAAUUCAGGAUGCAAGAGAAUAGUUAAACACUUCGAUGGAGAGUUGGUACCAAGUAUUUCAUAUUACAGAACCGGAUUCAGCAUAAGUAAGUUGCACCUCGUUAUCUGAAUGACAAAAUCUCUGUUUAUAUACGGCUUUGUAAGCUAAUUCCAUCCAACAGUUGCCAACCAUUAUUGAGUGUCACUCCCAACAACAAUAGUAUCAUCUUGCAACCCAUUCAGCUUGCACCCUAAUAAGGAUAUUCCAUCACGCACUCAUUCUAAGAUUAACACAAGUGGGCCCCCUAGACCUCCUUGGCCUGCAUACCUUCUGGCACCCAACAGUGACAUACAUAAAUACAUGGAAUGUCCUAUGCAGCUCAUAAUAUCUAACAUUAACUAAUCCUGUAUAAAAGACGUAAUAUCAGGGAGUUUCUCCCAUUCUUCGCUGCAGAUCCUCUCAAUCGCUGUCGGGUUGGAUGGGGAGCGUCGCUGCACAGCUAUUUUCAGGUCUCUCCAGAGAUGUUAGAUCAGGUUCAAGUCCAGACUCUGGCUGUGCCACUCAAGAACAUUCAGAGACUUGUCCCGAAGCCACUCUUGUGUUGUCUUGGCUGUGUGCUUAGGGUUGUUGUCCUUUUGGAAGGUGAACCUUCGCCCCAGUCUGAAAUCUUGAGCGCUCUGGAGCAGGUUUUCAUCAAGGAUCUCUCAGUACUUUGCGAUGUUCAUCUUUCCCUCGAUCCUGACUAGUCUCCCAGUCCCUGCCGCUGAAAACCUCCCCACAGCAUAAUGCUCCCACCACCAUGCUUCACCAUAGGGAUGGUGCCAGGUUUCCUCCAGACGUGAUGCUUGACUUUCAGGCCAAAGAGUUGAAUCUUGGUUUCAUCAGACCAGAGAAUCUUGGUCUGAGAGUCCUUUAUGUGCCUUUUGGCAAACUCCAAGCGGUCUGUCAUGUGCCUUUUACUGAGGAGUGGCUUCCGUCUGGCCACUCUACCAUAAAGGCCUGAUUGGUGGAGUGCUGCAGAGAUGGUUGUCCUUCUGGAAGGUUCUCCCAUCUCCGCAGAGGAACUCUAGAGCUCUGUCAUAGUGACAAUCGGGUUCUUGGUCACCUCCCUGACCAAGGCCCUUCUCCCCCAAUUGCUCAGUUUGGCCAGGCAGCCAGCUCUAGGCAAAUGAUCUAAUGAUUCUCUUCACAGCAAAAUCUGCAAAGCUGGGAUGGUUGUAACCCCCAUAUAUAUAUAUAUAACAUUCUAUUGGUUGCAAGAAUUUUGUAUAAUAAUUUAAAUUGAAAAAUUAUACGUUUUGAAUCCGGCGUCGUUUUGUGUUUCAGGUCAUAAAACAUGUGCCAUGGAAUCGGUACAUCUAUAUGUCACAGCGGUGUAUUUUUUGGUCCUUAAAUUAAACUGGUCUACUUUUUUAUUUAUUAAUUUUCUUUAAUGCAGGGCUGACAGACAAGUUUGGUGACAGUUACUGAUGUACACCUGAGGGGAUGCUGCACACAACUCACACAGCAUUGCUCUUGGAUUGCCACUUUUGCUAUGAGUCAUUACAAUUAAUUAUUUUGGUCCGCUUUGCUCCAGGCAUUGAUGCAUCUGCAUCAAUAUGGUCUGACUGAAUUGAAAUGUCAGAAUACAGAUAUCUAUGGCUUUGUUCUCUCUCUAAUGCACAACAUCCUGUGUUUGAUAGAGAAGGCAAUGACAUUCUCUGAGGCCACAGCAGGGGCAUUUCUUGUGUUUGUAGAUGUUGUUGGUUGUGUUUGUCAUGUGACUUAGGUCCACUUGUUUUGUGACUCCCAGGCACUGGAAUUGUCACCAGCGUACCGUCCGAUGCACCUGAUGACAUCGCUGCCCUCAGGGAUAUCAAAAAGAAACAGGUGACACUAACAGUACUAACUGUACAAAACUCGUUUGUGGCUACUGGUCUAUUUUAGUUAACCUAUGCAUUGCAACAUAUGUGUUUUGGUCAUUGAAUUAAUUGGAGAUCGCUUGGAUUCCUCUUAUAGGCCCUGAGAGAGAAAUAUGGUAUCGAAGACAAGAUGGUCCUACCUUUUGAGCCAGUAAGCUGGUCACACUGACACCCUUGCCUCUCACAUCCUUUAUCUGAUCCUAAAUUAUCAGACAGUGCAGUGUGUGCCUAAUAUUCACUGCUGCCCUACUUCUCCAGGUGCCCAUCAUUGAGAUCCCUGGCUAUGGGAACAUGUCUGCUCCUCUGGUGUGUGACGAGUUGAAGAUCCAGAGCCAAAAUGACCGUGAGAAGCUGGCAGAGGCCAAGGAGAAGGUCUACCUCAAGGGCUUCUAUGAAGGGGUGAGUCCUAAUGGCUACACGUAACAUCUCAACUAUGCAUUCAUGUAAUACAAUAAAACUUUAUUUAUCCCCGUUGGACAGUUAUGGAUAUUGAGGGCUAUAGAUGUGCAUCAGAGGUAUACAACAACAUACAAUAGUAUAUGAAAAAUCAUCAUCCACAUAUUCUCUGAUUUUUCUUUUCUCAGAUCAUGCUAGUUGAAGGCUACAAGGGCCAAAAGGUGCAGGAUGUCAAGAAACCCAUCCAGAAGAUGAUGGUGGAGAAGGUACCCUGGUUGAAAUCAAUUAUUUUGAUACCAAUCUAUUUAUUGCGUUCAUGUUUAUUCUCUGCAACUAUGUUGUUUGUUUACAAUGUGGGCUGUAUGCUAAUGUUGGUUCUUUCUCUGACAUGUAUGAUGUGUUUGAUACGUUUCAUUGAUAUGUCUCUCUGUUUUCUAACCUGUUUCUCUACCAAUGUUCCAGGGCCAAGCUUUGAUCUACAUGGAGCCAGAGAAGCAGGUGAUGUCACGCUCUGCAGACGAGUGUGUGGUGGCACUAUGCGACCAGUGGUGAGUGUGUGGGCCUGAUGGGAGCCUCUGAAAGCUAGCCUGAAAAUACACACUGAUUAUUGCAGUUUUUCCGUAUUGUAUAUAUAUUCACUGAAACGGAGCGAUAUUCAGUGUGGAUCCAAGGCUACCGGACAGCAUAGGCAAGUCUCUAAGGGUAAUUAUUAGAGAAACUGAACAUUUCUGAGCUAAAUUCUUAAAGUAGGUGGUGUCCGUCUGACAGGUAUCUGGAUUAUGGAGACAAAGAGUGGAAGCAGCAGGCCAUGGAAUGCCUGAAGCCACUGGAGACGUGAGUUAUUCCGCUGUUCUGUUGCUCAACUACCCCAGCUCUCUUCAGUGAUUAUACUCUGCCACCGCUAACAAGCUCCUUGUCAAAGUAAUGUGUCAGUGUGUUGAGGAUUUCGUCGGCUGUGUGUCCAUCUGGUCAAUGCGACAAUGUUCAAACUGUGCUUCCUGUAUGUGUUUGACUCUUUAGGUUCUGUGAUGAGACGAGGAAGAACUUUGAGGCCACUCUGGACUGGCUCCAGGAGCACGCCUGCUCUCGUACCUACGGCCUGGGUGAGGAGGGUGACGGGGGGGUUGAGGAAGAGGUUGAGGAAGAGGGUGACGGGGGGUUGAGGAAGAGAUUGACGGGGGGUUGAGGAAGAGAUUGACGGGGGGUUGAGGAAGAGAUUGACGGGGGGUUGAGGAAGAGAUUGACGGGGGGUUGAGGAGGAGGGUGACGGGGGGUUGAGGAAGAGAUUGACAGGGGGUUGAGGAGGAGGGUGACGGGGGGCUGAGGAAGAGGGUGACGGGGGGUUGAGGAGGAGGGUGACGGGGGGUUGAGGAGGAGGGUGACGGGGGGUUGAGGAGGAGGGUGACGGGGGGUUGAGGAGGAGGGUGACGGGGUUGAGGAGGAGGGUGACGGGGGGUUGAGGAGGAGGGUAACGGGGGGUUGAGGAGGAGGGUGACGGGGGGUUGAGGAGGAGGGUGACGGGGGGUUGAGGAGGAGGGUGACGGGGUUGAGGAGGAGGGUGACGGGGUUGAGGAGGAGGGUGACGGGGGGUUGAGGAGGAGGGUGACGGGGUUGAGGAGGAGGGUGACGGGGGGUUGAGGAGGAGGGUAACGGGGGGUUGAGGAAGAGAUUGACAGGGGGUUGAGGAGGAGGGUGACGGGGGGCUGAGGAAGAGGGUGACGGGGGGUUGAGGAGGAGGGUGACGGGGGGUUGAGGAGGAGGGUGACGGGGGGUUGAGGAGGAGGGUGACGGGGGGGUUGAGGAGGAGGGUGACGGGGGGUUGAGGAGGAGGGUGACGGGGUUGAGGAGGAGGGUGACGGGGUUGAGGAGGAGGGUGACGGGGGGUUGAGGAGGAGGGUGACGGGGGGUUGAGGAGGAGGGUGACGGGGGGUUGAGGAGGAGGGUGACGGGGGGUUGAGGAGGAGGGUGACGGGGGGUUGAGGAGGAGGGUGACGGGGGGUUGAGGAGGAGGGUGACGGGGGGUUGAGGGUGACGGGGGUUGAGGAGGAGGGUGACGGGGGGUUGAGGAGGAGGGUGACGGGGGGGUUGAGGGUGACGGGGGUUGAGGAGGAGGGGGACAGGGGAUACGUGGCAGGCUCCGUGGAGUUUGGUGUCACAGCACAGCGGGUUCUGUGCAGAGCCAGGAGGUUUUACUGACCAUGUGACCUGACAAAACUCUGGGCCUAGUUAUAGCUUUAAAAUAUAGUCUGUAACUCGAGCCCUAGGUAGUCACAUUGUCAGAAAACAUUCUGGGACAUCUCACGUCCAGAGCACGUCUUUUGAGACCAUCAGUAACCAUUCAGAGGCUUUUUGGGAUGGUGUAAAAGUGAGGUGAUUUGCAUGGGCUUAAGAUGGAGACAAAAUACCCACAAUAAAGAAGCGUGUUUUAGUAAGUCAUGUGCCAAACUGCAGGAAGGACACGUUUCACAUGCUUAAUGAUCGGUUUUCCAUUUCAUUGGUGGACUCAGCAUGUUAAGCCAUAGUAAUGAUAUGAUAAGCAUAUCCCUUACCGUUCACACUAGGUGGUUGAGUGUUUUUCUUUCUUCCUUUUUUUGUCCCGUGUGCUUGUUGCCAUAGGUACAAGGUUGCCAUGGGACCAGCAGUGGCUGAUCGAGUCCCUGUCUGACUCAACCAUUUACAUGGCCUACUACACCGUGGCUCACUUCCUCCAGGGGGGAGUGCUCAACGGACAGGGACCCUCGCCUCUAGGGAUCAAGUAUGCGCCACUCUACUCUCACAUGGUCUUCUUAUUUAGUGGCAAUAGGCAUCUGUAGAUGCAGACGGAAGACAUUAUAGCACGUUCGGAUGUCCUUUUCAACACAUUAUUGCAAAGGAGAAAGUUUGUAUUGUAGUAGUUGGAGAUGUAUAUGAUCAUAAUGUACUGUUUUGCACAUGCAUACCUUUUCGAGGAAGAGGACAAAUGCACUGUGCCAGAGUUUUAAAUCCCUUGCUAUUGCCCUAUAGUUGGUUAUACAUACAGUACUAUUGGAGCCACUUCAUAAUCUUGAGUCUGUGCCUGUGCUCUCUCUCUGUAAGGCCAGAACAGAUGACCAGGGAGGUGUGGGACUUCAUCUUCUUUAAGAGCUCUCCCUUCCCCAAGACGGACAUCCCCAAGGAGCACCUGCAGAGGCUGAGGAGGGAGUUUGAGUACUGGUACCCCGUUGAUGCCCGUGUGUCUGGGAAGGACCUGGUGCCCAACCACCUGUCCUAUUACCUGUACAACCACGUGGCCAUGUGGCCCAACGACAGGUGAGACGAACCACCCGCCUGCCUGCCUCUCUCUGGUGCUAGGGCUGCAGCAGGGGUACAAGUCAGGUAUUAAUAUAAUAAUUUCGAUUUAAACGUUUACAUGCUUUGCAAGAAUAACGAUUUUCCCUAAUGAUCUUGUUUACAUGCCACAUCUGAAAUAAGGCUACCUGAUCGGAUUUUGAUAAAUGCACAAAAUCGCCAGUCAAAAUAAACAUUCUAGCACAGCGGCCAUGUUAAUUUUGGGAAGUCUAUUUGAUUCUGAGUUCGGAAAUAUGAAGUUUGUAUGUGAAAACUUUUUUGAAGAUGCAUACUUUCAGUUUUUCCAAACUCACUUCACUUGCACAUAAGCAUAGAGAGGCUUGCGCUACUGGUGCUAGCACAUGCAGAUAAAAUACACUGCUGCAGUUGACCUGGUCUACGUUGGCUGACGUAGCCUCGCAAGCCAAUCACAGAAUGUGACGACAAAACUGAAGCAAAUCGUACAAUCUGUCCAGGUUGAUAUCAAGAUAAUUUGGUAACAUCGCACAGUGUGACGUAAUAAUCGUAAAAGACUGAAUCCGAUGUACAUUGUAGGAAAGCUAGAGCUGGGACGAUAAUCCAUAAAUUAUCAAUACCGACUGAACCGACCGUUUAUCGUUUUACUGAUAUCAAUAAUAACGAUAAGUAGCCUUUAGUAGAGUUUGAAAUGAAACGAGACAAUUGUAGCCACAACAUUCAAAGUAGUAGUUUUAAGGGUAAUAUAAAAAAGUAACUGUUGCACAUUGUUAUAAACUUAUCGUUCAACUUAUCGUUAUUGUGAUAAUUCAGUACAUUUAUUGCGAUAUGGAUUUUUGUCCAUAUCGCCCAGCUUUAAGCCUAAUGGAAAUUCACUGCAGGGUCUAACCAGUUAUGGGUAAGGCGCUGUGCAGAUUGUAUGGGUGGUAAGACAAUCUCUCCAAAGAUUCCUUUGAAUUUGAUGGAGAUUAUCUUUGUGUACACAGCGGAAAAUGGCCGCAGGCAGUCCGAGCCAAUGGUCACCUGUUAUUGAACUCUGAAAAGGUGCGUUUUCCCUUUUUCCUUCUCAAAAAUUGAUUUUGUUAACUGCAAUGAACUCUCCUUUUUCUCUGUCUCCUGCUCUGGGAUGAUGGGAGCGGUGUGUUUGAUGUUGUCUGAAGACGUCAGUGUCUUACACAACAAGUGUGUGUGUGUGAUCUUCCAAACGUCUGUGUUUUAUUCAUCAGAUGUCUAAAUCCACGGGCAAUUUCCUCACUCUGAGUGAUGCCAUCGCCAAGUUCUCUGCUGACGGUAAGCAUUCCAGCCUCUUAACGCAAUGCUUCCUAAUUACUAGGAAGCUUUAUGAGAGGAACAGUCGUUAUUUUAGACUUUUCUCCGGAAGUCAUUAGCAUAAUCAAUUAGUCAUUCUUUACUUCUGUAUGUUUCCUUCUAUUUCUCCUCUGAUGGGAGGGUGGCUUGCUUAAUUUGAGGAAGAGGAAGGGGGAGCAGAGCAGUGUGGAUAGCGUCUCCUGCCUUCCUUUUGACCACCUCUUCCUACUUGAUGCCAUCUGUCCCAGAGUGGUGAUGGGAGAUGAGUCAUUUUCAGUUGAUGCCAUGCCUGAGGCUGAGUGCUUCGUUCUGGUUAUUUAUGUAGAAGUUGGACUGCCUUCACAUACUUUUGUAGAAGACAGGAGGGGGGAUGGAGGGGAGAUUUUGUGAAGCUCUGACUGUUAUUAUGCAUCAUUAUACAAAUUGCUAAAACUCAGCUUUUAGUGUCGGAGUGCUUGUUUCUAGCAGUGCGGCUGUAAUACAGUGUGUUUGUGUGUGUGUGCCCUGAUUGUUAAACACAGUCUUACCACGUUGUGUGUGCCUUUGCCCAGGGAUGCGCAUGGCCCUGGCGGACGCGGGAGACACAGUGGAAGACGCUAACUUUGUGGAGGCCAUGGCCGACGCUGGCAUCCUGCGCCUCUACACCUGGGUGGAGUGGGUCAAGGAGAUGAUAGCCAAUCAGAACAACCUAAGGACCGGGCCAGCCGACACCUUCAAUGACCGCGUGUUUGCCAGGUGCAGUACUUUACAAUGUCCAAUGAGACUAAAUUAGUGUGGAAUCGUCAUCUAAACUCCUUAGAUCUCCAGCGAGGAGAAAUGUCUGACCGUAGCAUAGUUCUAAGACUUGUUGACUUCUUUCCCCCUGUUCAGUGACAUGAAUGCAGGCAUCAUCAAGACAGAGCAGCACUAUGAGAGGAUGAUGUACAAGGAGGCGUUGAAGAGCGGCUUCUUUGAGUUCCAGGUAACAAGCUGACAUCUGUCAGUGUUUGGGCUGUGUGCAGUGUUCCCAAUCACCGGUGAUGAGACCCUAAACUCUGUGCGUGUGUGUCCUGGCAGGCGGCCAAGGAUAAGUACAGGGAGCUGGCCAUCGAGGGGAUGCACCGGGACCUGGUGUUCCAGUUCAUUGAGAAGCAGACCCUGCUGCUGGCCCCCAUCUGCCCACACCUCUGUGAACACACCUGGGGUCUCAUGGGCAAGGUAAGGGGGACAGGGCUCACAAUAUGACAACCUCUAAAGGCCAUGCGUCCAUAUCAGAACCUUGUGGGGAUGAAAGGCUGUACUUUGUUUCCGAAUAUCAACACAUUUGAAUAGGUUAUGCAUGUACAUACUGUAACUAUAUUUUCUAUACAGUUUCCCUUUUCGUAGUCCUGUAACUUUUUGCUUUAAUUAAAGGAUGUAGAAUCAGCUUUCCCUACUCAAGUUGGAAUCUCAACCCCCCAAAAAAGGUUGUCGUGGACAUAAAUAUCACCAUAAUGCCCCAUCCUCUCUCCCCCAGACUGUCUCUCUGAUGAAAGCAUUGUGGCCCGUGGCAGGUCCAGUAGACGAGGUGCUGAUGCGCUCUUCUCAGUACGUCAUGGAGACAGCCCAUGACCUGAGAAUACGCCUCAAGGCCUACCUGGCACCCCCCAAGAGCAAGGUAAGACCUAGAGCUACUUGCAGCCCCACUAGAGCAAGGUCACAUUAACGCUCCGUGCUCUGCCAAGGUGCGGAGAGAUCUGGGCACACAGCCAACUGGGAACUAGCCAUUUUAUUGCAAUGACAAAACGUUUAUACCAGUACCACAGUAAUAGAGUGACUGAAUAUUAAUGUCUAAGUGCUUUAUGGAGCUGAAUUAAGUUUUGAAAUGUACCUUUGUGGUUAGUGUUGAUGAAUAGCCUAGUUGUUAAAUGGGACAUAAUAGUCCUGCAGAAUCUUCUCCCUUUCACAGAGCACAGUGAGCCAGAAAACAAGUCUCUUCAUUAAACCAUGAAUAUACCAGCGUUGGCCACAGGCAAAUCUCACUAAGUUGUGCAGCCAUUACGCAAUAGUGACAUUUAGAUCUCAUUGUUUAGUCAUGUUCUCACAGCACUGCAGAGACCAAUGAGCUCUCUCUCUCUGCAGUCCUAGACAGAGGUUAAAAUGUGAGCCUGAAGUUAUAGCCUAUCCGUGUGUAGUAGGCUGUUUUAUUGACAUGCAUGUAUGGCGGAGCGCUAUAUAUUCUUAUCUUCUAGCAUGUAUGUUUUUUCAACCUUGUCUACAUUUUGACAUGCAGAUCAGUAUGUUAUAUUUGUUUUAUAUUUCAACCCUGAGUUUCCAUUAGUAAGUGCCUGGAGGCAGCAGGGAGCACAGAUAUCCUAUAAUUCAUAUAUGGUUGUGGCUAUAUGUAAUUCUAUGGCAAAGGAGUAUAUUAUUAACAACUUGAACGCGCUCUCUUUCAUACAUUUUAUUGGAGUUGUCCUUGUUUUUUACAACAAUAUUUGAAGUUGUAUACUUUCAGCCAGGACUCAAUCGGAAAUUACCUAUACAUUUCAAUCGCACUAUAAUGCUGAACUUCUGCGAUACGGAUUGAAUCGAGCCCUUAGUGACCAUCAGUGAGAACCGCUCUACUUCAAAGAUACAUAUUUAGAGACCAUUAGACUAGCUGUAGCAUCCUACCAUGGGGACUAGACAUAUUUAAUGUAUGGUUCACACACACCCUCCACUAGUCAUCUGAGAAGAGAGAAAAAAAAGAACGUGAUGGCAAAGUGUCCAGCAUGGUAACUAGAAGAGAUGACAGCUGUCAUGUAAAAUGAGUUCACGGCUGCCCAGCUCCACUUGGCACUGAGACUAGUUCCCACAGUAGCUUUUAGAGGGGGACAAUGAAUACUGCAGAUAGGUUUCAGCAGAUGGUGAUCUUGUAUAACGGAGCAGAGAGUAGGCUUGGCAGCAUUAACUAGAGUGACUUUUCUCAGUCAUGUCAUGUUAACCCAGGCGGUGCGAUAAUGGAUGUCAGGCUGGAUCAGGACUGCCUGCUUUGAUGAGCAUCGCAGCCAGGGUAACGCUACUGCUGUUGUUUAAUAAGACUGGAACAGUACUAGCAGGCUACUGCAGACUGACUGAGCUCUCUGUUUUCUGUCUGUGUGUCUGUGCCCAUCCCUCCCCUCAACAGAAGGGCGACGUGAAGCCCCCGGCCAAGCCCUCCCACUGCACCAUCUACGUGGCCAAGACGUACCCCUCCUGGCAGCACAGCGCUCUCUCGCUGCUGGGAAAACACUACAAGGCAAGUACCAACCCCCAGGAAUCUGCUUGAUAGGGAAUCAUACAAGGCAGACCGAGGGAAUCUGGGGGAAAGAAUCCACUAUCCACUAUGAACCUGACUCAACUAGGUUUUUAAGUCCCAAAUGGCACCCUAUUCCCUAUGUAGUGCACUACCUUUUACCAGUGCCCAUAGGCUGGGUCCUAUAGGGCUCUGGUCAAAAGUAGUGCACUAUAUAGGGAAUAGGGUGCCGUUUGAGACACAUCCUUAGUCUUUUUAGAAAUAGAUAGUUAUAAAAUGUAUGUGAGUUCAAGAUGUUCCCUCCUGUUGUUUUUGGGAGGAGUUGCUACAUAAUGGAGAGACCCUGCUGUGAUCUGCCCAAAAGCAGAUAAUGUAAUUCUGCUGACAACCUGGAAUCCCCCUGAUGAUAGACUCUGACACUCUCCCCCCUGUGCGUGCGUGUUCCUUGUGUGUGUGUGUUCUUCCCUGUGUGUGUUCAGAGCAACAAGGGAGCUCUGCCUGAUAACAAGGUCAUUGCCAUGGAGCUUGGUGCCCUGCCGGAGCUCAAAAAGUACAUGAAGAGAGUGAUGCCAUUCGUGGCCAUGAUCAAGGUGAGUCUGAGGACAGGAGGGUUGGCCCUUUUCCUCACCCCAGGGCCCUGGUCUGUACUCUGUGGGGGUGGGGGGGUCUCACUAUAACACAGUUAUAGGCUGACCUCUGCCAGGCUCUGCAUUCUCACAAGGAGACUAAUACAAAUAAAAAACAUCUCUCUGUACAGUUAGAAAGCACAUUGAGGACAGGGUAUCCUUAAUUAGAUCACUUGUAUUCAUACAGGGGCAGCACAACAGUGAUUUGCUAUCCUUGAUCAGUGGUUCAGAGCUUAGCAUGGUGUAUUGCUAGACGUAUGGCUGUGCCAAAGUGAUCAAACAAACAAAAUCUUCCAAGCCAGAUGAUUGCCUGUGUUGGGACUGUAAAACUGUACUGUAUGUCAAACAAGUGGAUGUGAACGUGAGGACAUUAAGGCUAACUGCUGUGUGUGUGUGUUGUGUUGUGUUUCUCAGGAAAACCUGGAGAAGAAUGGUGCCAGGGUUCUGGACCUGGAACUGGAGUUUGACGAGCGAGCCGUGCUGCUGGAGAACAUAGUUUAUCUGACUAACUCUCUGGAGGUACACCAAAUACACUUCCCUCACUUUCUCCCAGCACUGCAUGUUUCAUGGAAUAAGUUGUGGAGGAUAGGCUCUACAACCUGAUAUUAAUUCUCUAACUCCUAGCCCCCUGGUAAUCACUGAAACAAGUGCAUACAUCCAACAAGCCUUUGUUUUUAAACAUCCCUUGUUCCUGUUGACUUCUCUUUUAGUUUGCCUGUCAAUCUAUCCCUCACCUCGAGAGUAGAAUGCAGCUAUUUUUAUAUGCCAUACAGCCCUUUGUGUUUAUCAAUCUAACCUCCUCAUUCAUUAUCCAUCCAAGCUAAGUCACCACUAGAGAUGUGUACUUUAUUACUACUGUAUUAACUCCCAUAUUGACUAGAGUGAUUCAGCCAGCCUGUGAUGUUUAUUUAGAGGCAUUUAUUGGCACACCAGGACGUCUAACUAACUGUAUCUAGUUUGUAAUCCCCUCUGUAGCCAGUCUCAAUUGAAACAACAACCGUUGCCUUGAAUGUGCAAUCAGGGUAACUUUGCAGCAGUGCCAAUCGCAUCAGGAUUUCAGGCUAAUGCCACCUCUCUUUUAUUUGCACUCCCCCUGUUCACCACAGUAUGAAUUCACAGCGCUCCAAACACACACUGCAUAUCACACUGGCCCUAUCAAAUAUUAAACUGCUGUGUUAAUCGUUUCUCCCUCAAUCUUUCUCUCUAUCGCUCUUCCUCCUUCUCCUCUUUUCAUCCCCAGCUUGAUCAGAUAGAUGUGGUGUUCGCAUCAGAGGCGGAUGACAAAAUAAAGGAGGACUGUUGCCCAGGGAAACCGUUCAGUGUCUUCAGAUCCGAAGUAAAUCCUGCCACUAUUUCUGCCUGAGCAGCCCUCCAUACAGAGAAACAGCUGGCAAAUUGUAGAUGCUCAUUGCAUCAUUAUAGUUGCAUCAACAUAGUUUUGAGAAAUACCUUUUUAUUUCUUUAUUUUCAGACACUGGGUUUUUUCAAGGGUUUUUCUUUAUUUUUACUAUUUUCUACAUUGUAGAAUAAUAGUGAAGACAUUAAAUAACAAAUAUGGAAUUAUGUAGGAACCAAAAAAGUGUUAAACAAAUCAAAAUAUAUUUGAGAUUUUUCAAAGUAGCCACCCUUUGCCUUGAUGACAGUUUUGCACACACAUUCUCUCAACCAGCUUCACCUGGAAUGCUUUUCCAACAGUCUUGAAGGAAUUCCCACGUAUGCUGAGCACUUGUUGGCUGCUUUUCCUUCACUCUGCGGUCCAACUCAUCCCAAACCAUCUCAAUUGGGUUGAGGUCUGUUUACUGUGGAGGCCAGGUCAUCUGAUGCAGCACUCCAUCACUCUCCUUAUUGGUCAAAUAGCCCUUACACAGUCUGGAGGUGUGUUUUGGGUCAUUGUCCUGUUGAAAAACAAAUGUUAGUCCCACUAAGCGCAAACCAGAUGGGAUGGCGUAUCGCUGCAGAAUGCUGUGGUAGCCAUGCUAGUUAAGUGUGCCUAAAAUUCAAAAUAAAUCACAGACAGUUUCACCAGCAAAGCACACCCACACCAUCACACCACCUCCUCCAUGCUUCACGGUGGGAACCACACAUGCGGAGAUCACCCGUUCACCUACUCUGCGUCUCACUAAAACACCGCGGAUGGAACCAAAAAACUCAAAUUUGGACUCAUCAGACCGAAGGACAGAUUUCCACCAGUUUAAUGUCCAUUGCUCGUGUUUCUUGGCCCAAGCAAGUCUCUUCUUCUUAUUGGUGUCCUUUGGUAGUGGUUUCUUUGCAGCAAUUUGACCAUGAAGGCCUGAUUCACGCAGUCUCCUCUGAACAGUUGAUGUUAAGAUGUCUGUUACUUGAACUCUGUGAAGCGUUUAUUUGGGCUGAGGUGCUGGUAACUAAUGAACUUAUCCUCUGCAGCAGAGGUAAUUCUGGGUCUUCCUUUCCUUUGGCGGUCCUCAUGAGAGCCAGUUUCAUCAUAGCGCUUGAUGGUUUUUGCGACUGCACUUGAAGAAACUUUAAAAGUUCUUGUAAUUUUCCGUAUUGACUGACCUUUGUGUCUUAAUGUAAUGAUGGACUGUCGUUUCUCUUUGCUUAUUGGAGCUGUUCUUGCCAUAAUAUGGACUUGGUCUUUUACCAAAUAGGCCUAUGUUCUGCACCUACCUUGUCACAACACAACUGAUUGGCUCAAACGCAUUAAGAAGGAAAGAAAUUCCACAAAUUAACUUUGAACAAGGCACACCUGUUAAUUGAAGUGCAUUCCAGGUGACUACCUCAUGAAGCUGGUUGAGAGAAUGCUAAGAGUUUGCAAAGCUGUCAUCAAGGCAAAGAGUGGCUCAAAAUAAUCUCAAAUAUAAAAUAUAUUUUGAUUUGUUUAACACUUUUGCUUACUACAUGAUUCAAUAUGUGUUAUUUCAUAGUUUUGAUCUCUUCACUAUUAUUCUACAAUGUAAAAAAUUGUUAAAAUAAAGAAAAACCCUGGAAUGAGUAGGUGUGUCCAAACCUUUGACUGGUACUGUAUGUCUGUAUAAUGAUUUGAACACUUGAUGAAUGAUGCAUUUAGUUCAGACCAGUGAGCUGUGUAUUUGUGUCCCCUAGCCGGGUGUGGCAGUGUCCCUGCUCAACCCCCAGCCAUCCAACGGUCUCUUCACCACCACCAUUGACAUCCGACAGGGCGACAGCAGAGACAGCAUCAUCCGCAGACUAUCCAAAGUCAACAGAUUCAUUAAAGGUAUAUUAUUAAACCCCUAAAGACCUUGCGACUUCACUGCUUUCCUAUUGAUACCGUGUAAUUGAACCAUAUUUUAUCAUGGUUUGUUAAUAGCCUGCCCUGGGCUAUUGCGGUUUCCUUGAGUUCACUUUUAAAGUUAGUUUUACUGAGGGAGUAUACAUUGUUCGUUUAGCUGUAAUAAUUGUUUGUCUAGUAGUAAUUAGAUGAGUACCCUACUCUUAGUUUCCAUACAUUAACUUCUGAUCAUACAAUUAGCUGUUCAACAUGUCUCCUGUUAUGUCCUGUAGACCUGAUUUGAAGUUAAGCAUUUACAAGGUCUUCCUGUCCCCUUGCAGACCUGUCCAAAGUGAAGCUAAUGCGCUUUGAGGACCCUGUCUUGGGGCCUCGCCAGGUUCCCAUCCUGGGGAGGGAGGAGCAGGGCAAGCUGCCUAUCUCUGACAAGUCCUCCUUCGGCAUCUGCCUGGCUGACAGGAAGGUCCUCAUGACAGACAAUGGCCUCAGCGUGGACAUAGGAGACACCCUGGUGUACCUGGUACAAUAGAGCACAAGACUUGGGCCUGUUUUAAUACUUUUACAAUGCUUCCAUCCUUGUGGAAAUCACUGGUCUGACGAGGGCUAAUCUCAUAGAUAUCAGUAAUUAUCUAAAGGAAGGUAGGAAGGAUGCAUUUGAACAGGCCCCUGCUCUCUGUGUAGAGGGGUGGGACUGAAAAGCAGGAGGCUGUAGCAGAAUGACAAGACAGCAUUUUUCUGCUGUAGAUGUUAGUAUGUGCUCUAUGGAACAUACACAGCUCUGUGGGGAAUAGCCAGGAAGUAGUCUUGCCUUUACCUUUUCUAUUCAAAAAUAGAAUGUGUACUCGUCUUGUCCUCUCAUCAUAUGUGAAAUAUGAAAUGCAAUUAUGUUUCAGCACUACAGUGUCUGUCAUGAUGUUUUAAGAAAUGGACGAAAGUAGAGUAAUUGUACAAGGUGACGCAAAUUUUCCAAAAUUAAAUAAAUACAUCUUUAACGUA